AUGGAGUGGCCAGAUGCCAGAUGCCAGAUGCCAGAUCCCAGAUGCCAGAUGCCAGAUCCCAGAUCCCAGAUCCCAGAUCCCAGAUCCCAGAUCCCAGAUGCCAGAUCCCAGAUGCCAGAUCCCAGAUCCCAGAUCCCAGCUCGCAGCUCCCUACACCAGUCCCCCGUCAUCACGGCAGACUUGAUCGCUUCUGCGCCCCUUCUUCCCUUCCCCAUUGGGACACGCACGGAGCUGGGAGCUCGCAGACUUCAAGCUAGAGCUAGAAAUGCCGCCUCCUUCUUCUUCUUAGGGAGCGGACUCAAACGGGACGCGCUAGACGUCGGCGGAAACCGCGUAGCUUUCUGCGAGCUCGUGGCGCUCGAGGAUCCGUCAACGGCGCCGUGGACUCCUGGAGCGCUAGCCCAGGGCUCGAGAUACCGGACUGGUUGCUGUGGAACCUUCGACGAGGAUGGGAGAGGAGAGGGACCGAGGGGGUAA